GAUAAAAAUAUAUCGAUAAAUCUAACUGACACUUCAAAUUUAUAUUUAUCGAUAAAAACGAUAAUCGUAAACGUGAUUCGGUCUCAUAUUUUUCUAAAACCAUGAAUUUAGUUAUAUUUAACUUUUUUUUUGUUAUUUCGAAUGUAUACGUAGCUGGAACAUCUAAAAAUAUCUCGGGAGAUGUUUUUAAAUUCGAUUUGACCAAAUUCGUUAAUGGCUUGGGAUACCAAAUGGAAACACACAAUAUAGACACUGAAGAUGGUUAUAAAUUAGAAUGUCAUCGUGUGUCGAUUACCAAAUAUGCAAAUACCGAUAAACCUGUAGUUUUAUUAUGGCACGGUUUUCUCGGUAGUUCAGCGGAUUUUUUCCACAUAGGUACUGGGAAAUCUCUACCUUUAAGACUUGCCGAUGAAGGUUACGACGUUUGGGUCGGAAACAAUCGAGGAAAUAGUUGGGGAAGGCAACACAAAACUCUAAAUCCUGAUACAGACGAAGAAUUUUGGGAUUUCAGUUUAGACGAACUCGCAUUGUACGAUGUUUCAUCAACAAUCGAUUAUAUAUUGAAAAUAACAGGAAACGAUCGAAUUUCUUUUAUCGGACAUUCGACGGGGGCUUCUCAAUUUUUCAUAUUAACAUCCACUCGUCCGGAAUAUAACGAGAAAAUAAAAGUUAUGGCUGCCCUAGCGCCGGUCGUUUAUAUGAAUCACACAACUAAUUUGCUAUUAAAUUUCGUAAACCCCGUAGAUUAUCCGGCGAUAUUGGCCGCUGAAAAGUCGCUAAACUUGACGGAAAUCCUCCCGCAUCUCAAGAUAUUGAACACGGGUCUAGAUCUAGUUUGCCGAAUCGAUAAAAUUAAAGAAUUAUGUUCGGCAGUUUUGUUUUUCCUUACAGGUUUCGAUAAAACGCAAAUAACUCAAAUCAACGUGAGGAAUUUGUUCAGAUCCUUUCCGGCAGGAACGUCCACUAAAAAUCUCAAUCACUUCCUACAGCUGAAACUCACAGGUAAUUUCGCUCGAUACGAUUACGGAAAAAUUAAAAAUUUAGACAUUUAUGACAGUAUCGACCCGCCAUCUUAUAAUCUUUCUGCGAUAUCAGUACCAAUAGGAAUUUACUACGGUGAAAAUGAUCUGAUUGUAUCACUUGUUGAUACCGAGCGUUUGAUCGAAGAUUUACCGAAUGUUAUUGAGGAUCAUAUCAUCGAUUAUAAACGUUUCAGUCAUUUGGGGUUUUUGAUAGCUGAUAAUACGGAUGACUUUGUUAAUUAUUACGUCAUUAAUACUCUUAAUAAAUAUAAUGAUAAAGAAGAGAUAACAUCUAGUAGUAGUACGACAACUGAAAUUCCAACGACUCAAAGUACGUCGUCAACUACAACGGCAGGUGUCGUUAGAAAUGUUUUUUCAGGAUAUUUAUUCAUUAUCCCGAUUAUUGUACAUUUAUUUAAUCGUAGAUUGAUGUAAACUUCAUAUUAAACGAUUUACCAGCAACGAAA